UUAAAAAACAAACAAACAGAGCUCUCUGGAAAUGAAGCGCGGCCGACCUCCGGGCUCCGGCCGUCCCCAAGCGCGCCCCGUCGGCACAGAUUUCGCACCCCGGCGGCCCUGUCAGCCGCAACCGCCUCCCCUACGCGUCCCCGCAUGCCGCCUCGCGCGUACGCCCACAACGCCGGGCGCCCAGCCAGCCUUGCGCACGGCGGGCCGCAGCGGCGCGUGAGGCGGCGAGCCACCGGAGGAAACGAAGCGAGGUGGCGAACAAGCAGGACGUGGAGCUUCGUUGCUGAUCUCUCCGCGCUCCCUGUGCUCGAGGGCCGAGGCUGAUGCCGCGUCACGAACUCCCCCUUGUUGCUUUGCGAAUCAGGCACCAUCGCUGAUGCUGGCAACAUGUUCGACAAAAUGCUCGCUGCUUGUUCUGGCAAGUUUUCUUCAACCUCCUACAGUCUAGGGCAUGAGAUAAGACAGAAGCUGGUACGCGCGAGGCCGAUAAAUAUGACCAUGGUCAGCAAGAGGCAAGGGGACGAGGCUGUCGGUGGCUCAAGUAGAACAGAAGAAGCUGCUUCACCAGGUGAUGAUGACCUACUGCUGUUGCUCAGGGCCUUUUGCCAUCAUGCACCGCCUGGACUAGUUUGGAGAAGCCACAGACACUGUAGAAGCCAUGGGGAUCAAGAACUCCACCACAACCUUUGCCCAGAGCUGGAGCAGCACUCAAGGCGGGCUGGUGCGCGUGGAAGUCUUCGUUCUCUUCAGCGCCUUGAUCUGGAUCCUCGUCGAGUUGUUUGGCUCACUCCGGCGGCGGCAUAGCCAAGGGUUCUUCCGCUUCUUCGUGUGGACGGUGUACACGCUCUUCAUCGUGCUUGGCCCCUACACCAUCGGAUUGCUGCAGGACAGCCCCUUCCGUGACCAGACGUUCGUCCUGUGGGGCAGUACCCUCCUCCUCAUCCAAGUGAGUGCCAAUUCCCUCUCCGUUUACAGCAUCCAUGACAUUGAGCAGAGGAAGAGGAUGCUUGUGCAGCACGUGUUACAGAUCAUUCUUGUGCUAUGGCUGAUUGGGAAUAGCAAAGGUCACAACAGAAGCUACACUGCAACCAUCUGGAUAUUCUGGAUUUAGAGCGUCAUUUUAACAUACAGAAAGUCUGGGGUUUUGAGCAACGCGAGCAAAAAUGGAGGUUUGCUGAAGCAGUCGAAAGUGGUUGCUGAUUAUAUGAUGAUUGACCACGAGCAAAUACCUCCGGACGUCACUCCGAAUCCUGAAACAAUGGAAGGUUACAAGUACAUAUUCCAUGGUGAAGAAGAAGUAGCUUCUCUACUUCCCACUGCACCUGAAUAUAGAGUUGGAUUUAAAGAGGCGACACGUACAAUGUUCGACUUGUUAAUCUGCCAAAGGAGGGUGUUUGGAAAAUGCACCACCAUUGAUUCCGUGUGGCGAUGGAUCGAGAGUCAGAGUGUUCUCACCAAGGAAGGUGUGGAAACAAUAAAGGAAAUUGCGCUCUCCUUUUCAUUGUUUAAAUUGUUGAAGCGGAGAUUGUGUGGAUACCAAAUUGGUGAAGCUGGCCACACCAAGACAUUAGAUUUCGUGCUUAAUGGGCUCAUCUCUGAAGAAGGUAACUAUGUUCGUGCUUUUAGAGUUAUCGAGAUUGAGUUGGCAUUCCUAUAUGAUUUCCUCUAUACAAGAUUCGAUACAGUGGGUAAUGGGUAUAAUGCCUUGACACUCUAUCUUGCAGUAAGUGUUACUGUUUGGAAUAUUAUCUCUGGAGCCUUUAGCAGACACUACCAUCAUAGUAAUUUGGAACAGAGAGUUCAUGGAACCGAUGUUACUCACUGGGUAACCGUUGUGCUGCUUAUCAUUGUUUUAGUAUUAUCCUUUUUACCUGCCACCCUGGAAAAGAGGUGGGACAUAGUGGAUGAGCUCCAUAGCUACAAACAACCCACGAGGAUGUCAGCGAUGUCUGAUAUGUAUGGAUUAAAUCGUGUAGCAAAGAAUUGCUGGCAGAGAGCAUUUGGGCAAUACUCCCUGUUACUGGGCUUCGACUACCACUCGUGGAAUGUGCUACCGCUUUUGUCACUGGGUCUUGUAGACAAAACAAGAGAUGGACAGAAGGCUGGGAAAAAGAUCAUGUUGACUGCUGAAAUCAUCGAGCGCGUCCUUUUUGGGUUCAAAGAGAGCAAUGGGCAGCUACAAGAUGGGCAGUCAGCUCUGGCCAGAAAUCAGCUGCUAAGCCAAUUCUCAUGGUCAUGCACCCUGCCCACACACAUCCAUAAGAUUCUCGUAUGGCACAUCGGGACGACCAUCGCCAUGGAUGGGCACCUGGUUCCCCGAACUGGCGACCACCGUGUCGCCAAGACGCUGUCGGACUACUGCGCCUACCUGGUAGCCUUUUUUCCAGACAUGCUGCCCGGCCAUGGCUACGACACCCAGCGCAUCUUCGACGCCGUGGUCAUGGAGGCUCGGGAAGGCCUCACCGGGUGUGACACUGUGAGCAGCAGGUGUGAGAAGCUGACGAUGAUGGUCCUGCCAAGCGACAGCAGCUGCACAAUCCUAGAGCUAGGGGGCUGGCUUGGGAGAGAGCUCAGAGGCGUGGUUCCGGAGGUGCGGAGGUGGAAGGUGCUGGCUGACUUCUGGGCCGAGUUCAUCCUCUUCCUCGCGCCGUCAAGCAAUGCCGAGAUCCACGCCGAGAAGCUCACCGCCGGCGGGGAGUUCAUGACCCAUCUCUGGGCACUGCUCACACACGCCGGCAUUCUGGAGCGCCCCUCGAUGACCGGCGGUGUGGGAGGAGGUAACAAUGGUGCCCUUGUACAUGAUUCUCCGGUUUGAGCAAUCAAAGCGUUCUUCAUCCUCGCUUUUGUUCUUGUCUGAAGCAUACUGCUCUUCUGCCGGAGUAAUUGAUUUAUUUUGAAUGUUCGCUCGUUAGAUUCGAAAUUAAUUUGGGUGCAGGGUGGAUCUUGUUUCACAUGACUAUGUUUGUAUGUUAGCAGUGUGCUAUCAGUGUAAGAAGACGACUUUUACGGCGCACAAUACUACCAUAUACUACUGUCUUAAAAUAACUCGCAUGUAAACAUCGUAUGGUCUAGUUUUAUUCUCUACUAUUGAAAUAUUAUUCUGUACUACUUUAAGUAGUUUGACU